GAACAUGCAUGGAAGCUUUAGGAGGGCUGCGAUCUACUAACUCUUCUUUCUUUCUUUGCGUGAAAGCGAUCUACUAACUCGAUCCGAGAGUUUCACCGCCCCAAUCAUUUGCGCCACCGCAUUUCCACUGCCCUCUCUCUCUCUCUCUCAUUCUCAUGAUCUUUUUGCUUGUUGCCUGCAUAUAAUUAUGUUCAUCGCCUGCUUGCUUCUCCUUUACUUAUUUGUCCACCCUUCUCUUCUCCAUCAUCACCUUCACGACGCCUGCCUCCUCCCUCCCUCCCUCCCUCCUCGUCUUUCACGCUACUACAAAAGACGACGCACAAGCAAGCAGGAGAGUCACACCACUGGCUUGUCUAGCUCCCCACAUCAGCCAAUUCUCUCGCAUAAACUAUUUCUUGGAUCCCUUGAGAGAGGAUCGAGAGCAGCAGCAGUGGGAUCUGCGCGCGCUCACCAGCUUCCAUGGGCCUCGACGUCGCGGAAAUAUCUGGAUUGCCGGCCCUCCGGCCGAUCCAGACGGCUGUGAGCGGCGCCCGGGCCACGGCAGUGCCCGGGGCGGACGAUGGCACUGCCGUUGCCGACACGGGCUGCGUCACACCAAAGGCUACCGGCGCGCGAUCGGCCAGGGCCGCUGGAGUGGACGGUGAAGACGGAGCCGCCGACACCGCUUGCGUCACGCCGCGGGCGAGCGGCUGCCUUGCCAUGCUGCCCGUUGCACCACUGGAGCAGGACGACGGCGUCGACGCUGGUUUCGCCACGCCGCUGGCAACUGCUGGAGUAAUUGUGCCGCGAGACGGCUGCCCCGCUGCAGGCGACGAGGGCAGCUUCACCACGCCGACGACGGCGGACAGCGCGCUGGUGCCGGCCACGGUGUGCCCGCCGGCGCCACGUAGGUCGGCGCCGGCUCCGACGAGGAAGCGGGCGCCGCUGCAGCAGCGGCUCUUCUACCCGGUGCCGAGCGACCUGACCACCGUCUUCCUCGCCGUGCCGCAGUGCCCGCCGCCCGCCAAGAAGAUGCGGGCGCACGCCGUGGAAUCACCAUCUGUGCCUCUCCACAAACACUCGCUCACGGCCACGAACACGGCCGGCUAAACUCCACCCUGUUCCCGUAGCUCGUACAAUAGUACGCUAGUCAGCCGGCCGCUUUAGCCUUUUCGCCGGUCCGUCCAUCCGCCCGUCCAAUGAACAGCGCGUGAUGCGAAAGGCUCGUCCUUUUCUGUGCAAGCUCUGUCAACAAUGGGAAAACAACAGCUAGCGUGACCCUUCUUCAGUCUCUCCUCUAUGAUGAAGAGGGGAAAAGAACAGAGCUUUUUGUCCGGCACAGUCCGAUCGGUUGUCAAGUGGUGAUCUUGUUGUUGCGUCGCCUGGUUCAGAGGGUCGGUCAGUGUCGAUAGCUACUUGUCAUUCAGCUGCUGCUGCCGUGGGUUCUGAAGAAACGAGGCCAGCCUGCUCGGCGUCGUCCUCAAUCCGUAGGUUGUGCCAUGCCAUCUCCGUGGAAGAUGAUGAUUUCUUCGUCGGGUGUUGAGACCGGCCAGUGUACAUCUUCGCUGUGACCCCUGCGCUCGGGGCAGGGGAUUUCACCAGGUUCACUCGUGUGACAUUCUAAAUGAGCACGACGGUCACGCCUGUAUGUAUCUUCUUCGUUCUCCGUGCACUGCUCGCAGGCCAAGCCAGGGCGCAAGGCCCGGUGGGGGUCAGGGCGGACGCCGUCGCCAUGUGCCGGCUGGCCGAAAUGUUUUGGUGUGCUUCCAUCCUGCUCUCUGCUCUGCUCCGUGAGUUAUACGGCAGAGAAACCAAAGGCGAUCAACGGCGAGCUUGCUGGCUGCGGGGGUGCGGACAGGCGUGCUCUGGUGAUGCCGUCCACAAGGUGCUCGUUGAAAUGUAUGAAAAAAAAUUAAAGGGUCCAUAUAGAGGAUGGGAUAGAUGGAAGCAAAUAUGAAGGGUCAAAACGGACACCCCGGAACAAUGACCUGACGUGUUGAUGGACGUUUGAGGAACACUAUUUGUACAUUGCGAGUGUAGAUGCUCUUAUAUCCAACCUUACAUGUGACCUUGUUGUAUGAGUAAAUGUAUUUGUUGGCUAUAGAUGAUACGACAACAUUUUAUAGACAGUAGUUGGAUGUA